UUUAAAGUGAACGAACGUCGAGUAGACAUAAGUAAAAACAUGAAAAUUGAAAUAUUAAAUGUUUUUUUUAUAUUGGUAUGGGUAUAUCAAGUAAAAUCAGCAAGAAUAUUAGGUGUAUUCCCAGUACCAUCGCUUAGCCAUCAAAUCGUUUUCCGUAAGAUUACUCAAGAACUGCAUAAACGAGGACAUGAACUGACAGUGUUAACACCAGACCCAGCUUAUCCAAAAGGAACUGCACCCGCAAAUUAUACCGAAAUAGAUUUUCACGAUGUAUCAUACAAAAUAUUCAAAGCAAAUAUUUAUGCCAGUUAUAAAAGCGAAGGUUUAGCAAUUAACUUCGACGCGGUUCGUGGAAUGAAUUCUCUGUUUAUGAAGAUGAUUGAAUAUCAUUUUCAAUCUGAAGAGGUUCAAGAAAUCGUAACCAAAAAUAAAUACGAUCUAAUAUUGUUGGAAUCUCUUGUUUUACCGGGAUUAAUUUACUCACACAUUUUCAAGGCUCCAGUCAUAUUAGUGUGUUCAUUCGGAGGCUAUAUAAAAGAACAUAAAAUAAUGGGGACACCAAUUUCACCUAUUUUGUAUCCAUUGCCUUUGCGAAAUAAAAUUUACGAUCUAAAUUUUUUUGAAAAGGUUAGAGAAAUAUACAGACAUUAUUCAAACGAAUAUGCAGAAUAUUUGAAUGACCUUGAUCGUGAUAAAUUUUUAAAAGAGAGAUUUGGUCCCCAAACUCCAACUAUAAAUGAAUUGAGUGAUAAUAUUCAUAUGGUCUUUCUAAAUGUUCAUACCAUUUGGGCUGAUAACAAACCUACUACUCCGAAUAUUCUCUACCUGGGUGGCAUACACCAAGUACCGCAAAAAAAAUUGCCAAAGGAUCUUGAGAUAUAUCUAAAUUCUUCCCAACAUGGAGUGAUAUAUGUGAGCUUUGGGACAAAUGUUUUAUCAAACAUGAUUUCUACAGAUAAAAUAGACAAUAUUGUAAAAGUUCUAUCAAAACUUCCCUAUGAUGUGUUAUGGAAAUGGGAUGGAAAGGAAUUGCCGGGAAAGUCAGAAAAUAUAAUUAGGAUAUCCAAAUGGUUUCCCCAGUCUGAUCUUCUGAGACAUCCUAAAAUAAAACUCUUUAUAACUCAAGCUGGCCUGCAAUCUACUGAUGAGGCCAUUACUGCUGGAGUGCCGUUAAUUGCCAUACCAUCUUUUGCUGAUCAAUGGUAUAAUGCGGAAAAAUAUGAAAAAUUCGGUAUUGGUAUUCCAUUGGAUAUAAAAACCUUUACAGAGGAAGAACUGCAUCAUGCAGUAAUUACCGUUAUAAAUAACGAAAGCUACCGGCGCAACGUUAUAAAACUUCGUGAAAUAAUUCUUGAUCAACCAAUGAGUUCUAUAGAACGUGCAAUGUGGUGGACAGAAUAUGUAUUAAGACACAGAGAAAAGAAUCAUUUUCGUACUCUAGCUAGUAACUUGUCAUACAUGGACUACUUCGAUGUAAAGUUUUGGAUGACUAUUUUUGCAAUCUUUGGUAUCUUUUUAACGUUAUUUGUGGUAACGAUUGCAUAUGUCAUAAAAUUGCUUAUUAAGAUAUGGCUUGCAUAUAAUAAGGUAAAAAAACAAUAAAUAUCACGAAACACAGUUAUGUACAUGUCUAUAUAUUUUUUAGAACAUUUAUAAAUAAUGAAUGUAACUAAAUU